AUGUGGACGGGGGGUUUCUUCUCCAUCGGGACCCUCCUCAUGGGCUUGGCCUACAACAAUGCCUUAAUCACGGUGGGACGCAUUGUAAACCAGGUCAGCAUCGGCUCGGCCCUCACGAUCGCCCCCGUGUACAUCACUGAGAUCUCCCCUGACUCCUCCCGCGGCUCUCUCACCUCAUUACCUGAGAUUUUGGUUUUUCUUCAUGUUUCAAGGGCAUUCUUUUUGUCACGGGAAAAAUUAAAGCUAGGGAGGUGGCCAUCAACUUUGGCCACCAUCGGGGUCUUCACCAUGCCGGAGUCCCCCCGGUGGCUGGUCAUGCAAGGCCGCUCGGGUGACGCUAAUGACAUCCUAGAAAGGACGUACGACUCCCAGCACGAGGCCAGCCGGCGGCUGGCCGAGAUUGAGGAGGCUGUCGGCAACAUGCAAAGAACCGGGAGGGACGUUUGGCGGGAACUUUGGCUCCAUCGGUCUCCGUUUGUUUGGCACAUGAUCAUAUGCGUCCUUGGGAUCAACAUAAUCCAACAGGCCUUAGGUAUUGACAUUAUCUUGCUAUACAGCAAUCGCAUUUUCGAGAAGGCCGGCGUCACCUCUUCCAACGAAAAGCUCUUAUGGACCGUCAUAGUCCACAUUGUGAAAGCAACGUGCUUCCUCAUCGCCACGGGCUACCUUCACAAGGUCGGACGGAAGAAGUUGCUACUAGGAAGGAUUGGCGCGACGACUAUCAUGCUCGCCGCCCUCGGAAUUUGCCUCAACAUCAUCAGCGAUGCCGACAACAUCAUCGGCAACGCUGACAAGAGCCACGAGAAGCAUAAUUGGGCGGUGGCCUAUUGUACCCCUUUGUUGUUGUUAUACGUGGCAUCCGUCUCCAGUGGGGUUGGGCCGAUCGCUUCAGUGUAUAGCGUGGAGAUAUUCCCAUUAAGGCUCCGUGCGCAGGGAUAUGCAGUGGGCAUCGUCGUGAAAGAAGUGACGGGUUUAGCAUUGUCAACAAUAUUCUUACAGGAUUACCAUGCGACCACCGCCGUCUUCUCGUUCAUGGUGUGCGGGUUCUUCGUAUUCGCCUUUGUGUACUUUAUAAUGCCGGAGACGGAGGGGCGGGCAUUGGAGGAUAUAUGGAAGCUUUUCGUUGAGUACUUCGUGCGGAGGUCUACGGCGGGGGAGAGAGAACGGCAAAGGGACAUCGGAGCAGUAGAGGCAGCGGCGAUGGAGCUACAAAGGAACGUCGAAGCGAUGGAGGCAGGGACGAGGUCUACAGCAGGGGACAUAGAGCUGCAAAGGAAUACCGAAGCGGCAGAGGCAGCGGCAAGAGUAGACAUUGAGGCUUCACCUUAG